CUUCCUGUUGAACGCUCGCCAAUGGAGUGACGGAAAGCGAUGUUUCUGAGGAGAUAACACUAUUAACCAGGCCCAACGGAAUAAAAGUCACUCAAAAUGAACUGGAUGCCGUUCAAGAUUGGACAGCCGAAGAAACAGAUAGUCUCUAAAACUGUUGAAAGAGACUUUGAGCGCGAAUAUGAAAAGCUCCAGAAGCUUGAGGAUCAGACAAAGAAGCUUCACAAAGACAUGAAGAAAAGCACAGAGGCUGAUUUAGCCAUGUCUAAAGCAGCAGUGAAGAUCUCUGCAGAUCUGCUGAGCAACCCACUGUGUGAGCAGGACCAGGCCUUCCUCGACUCCAUGACUGCUUUAGACACAGCCAUGAAAAGGAUGGAUGCAUUUAACCAGGAAAAGGUCAACCAGAUCCAGAAGACCGUCAUAGACCCUCUAAAAAAGUACAGCGGCGUCUUCCCGAGCCUCAACAUGGCGGUGAAGCGCCGGGAGCAGGCUCUCCAGGACUACAAGCGCCUGCAAUCCAAAGUGGAGAAGUACGAGGAGAAAGAGAAAACGGGGCCAGCUAUUGUCAAACUUUGUCAGGCGAAAGAAGAGCUGCGACCAGUCAAGGAGGACUUUGAGGCCAAGAACAAGCAGCUGCUGGACGAGAUGCCCAAAUUCUACCAGAGCCGCAUCGACUACUUCCAGCCCAGCUUCGAGGCUCUCAUCCGGGCGCAGGUGGUCUACUUCACUGAAAUGUACAACAUCUUCAGCCAGUUAACGGAGCAGAUCGACGAAGCCGGGCUGACUGAUGAGCAGAGGCAGAAGGAGACCGAGGCCAAGCUCAAUGAGCUGCGCUCUCUGUCCAUCGUCGCCGACGACUGAGGGGGGGGGAUGCCGGAGAUCGGGAUGUGCUCUUUUCAUCACUCCCUGAAUGGAUUUCAUCCCCUCCAAACCUCAGGAGUUCAGACGGACAGCAGUGGCCUGAAAAUUAUUGGUGGUUUUUCAUUGGGCCCCCUCUUGUUUUGCACUACAUUCUGAUGUUUUUUGUUUUUGUUUCCUCUCCUUCUUUGCAAAGACGUUGUAAUGCGGAGCAGCUGAACGCCACGUUAAAUAAGCCAUCAGCCAAGUGCGUCUUUAUAAGCCAAUAUGUUAUAUUCUUUUU